AGCAUUGAAUAUGACGCUUUCCGACUCCGUAUCCGGUGGCCUUGAGUCUCACAUUCCUCUGUUGCACGACACAGUUGACGGUUCCGUUGACUAUAAGGACCGUCGCGUUCAUAGAUCAUCCUCUGGUGGCUGGAGGUGUUGAGAUUGCGGAGAGGUUCGCUUUUUUUGGAAUAGGGUUGAAUCUGAUAUCCUAUUUGACGGGGCCGCUCGGUCAGUCGACGGCGGAUGCAGCGGCCAACGUCAAUCUCUGGUCUGGUACGGCGUCUUUGCUACCGCUUCUGGGGGCCUUAAUUGCCGAUUCUUUUCUUGGCCGCUAUCGGACCAUUUUGGUUGCUUCUGUCAUCUACAUAUCGGUUAGUUCCUCUCCCUUUCUUGCUUUCUCUCUGCUGCUAAACGAAGUUUGCUUAGGCUAGACUGUAUUAGUAACAAGUAAACCCUAAUGUUUUAAGAAGCAAAUUACACUGCAUGUGAGACCAAGCUUGAAACUAAAUCUUGUAUAUAUUUCAGCUUGAACUCAUUUCAAUUGAGGAAUGUCUGGUGUUGAUUUGUGCCGAGUAAUUGAAGUUGGAUAACUAAUAUAUUUGACUAUAGCUGCAUAUCUGCAGUUUGAUUGUGCUGUCAUCGUCUUGUAUUAUAUGGAAACUGAACUCAUGCCUCGAGUUGAAGAAACCUGUGUAGGAUCAUGACUGUUUGUUUAAUUUGCUGAGAGAUUAAAAGAGAUUUACAGUGUCUAGGUUGGGACUUGUCUUUGAAUCCUGAUAUCUGCUUGUUUAAUCCACUGAUAACUAUAUAUUUGGCUAUAGCUGCAUAUCUCCAGUUUGAUUGUGCUGUCAUGUCUUGUAUUAUAUGGAAACUGAACUCAUGCUUCAAGUUGAAGAAACCUGUGUAAGAUCAUAACUGUUUGUUUUAUCUGCUGAGAUGAUUAAAAGAGAUUUACAGUGGCUAGGUUGGGACUCAGGAUAUCCUAUUUUUGAAUCCUGAAAUAUGUUUCGAUUGAAGAACAGGGACUAGCAUUCUUGACCCUAUCAGCGAUGCUUCCUUCUCUCGGCUUUUCUGAUUGUAAAAAUCCCAAUGGAGUCAAUUCAUGUUCUUCUCAGCUCCAGGUUAUCUUAUUCUUCUUCUCACUGUAUAUAGUAGCUGUUGGGCAAGGCGGUCACAAGCCUUGUGUUCAGGCUUUUGGAGCAGACCAAUUUGAUGUACAAGACCCAGAAGAGUGCAAAGCAAAAAGUUCAUUCUUUAAUUGGUGGUAUUUUUCUCUAUGUGCUGGCACUAUAUUUACACUUUUUGUCUCAACCUACAUACAGGACAACCUUAAUUGGGCUCUUGGAUUUGGGAUCCCCUGCAUUGCAAUGGUUAUUGCAUUGGUUAUUUUCAUUCUUGGAACUAGGACUUAUCGAUUCAGUAUGGAAAGGAAUGAGCAAAGCGCAUUCGUAAGGGUUGGCCGUGUGUUUGUUAUAGCUUUUAAGAACUGGCGCACCACAUCUUUGUCAAUAGCUGUUCAAGCAGAAAAUUGUGGAACCCUGCCUCACCAAAGUUCCCAGCAAUUCAAGUGCCUCAACAAAGCGUUGGUCAGUCCAGAUGGUUCAAGGGAAUACGGAGAGGUAUGCAGCAUUGACGAAGUUGAAGAAGCAAAGUCUGUACUUGGGCUUAUACCAAUAUGGGCUACAAACUUGGUCUAUGCAAUUGUAUUUGCACAAAUAUCAACUUUGUUUACGAAGCAAGGAGUUACUCUUGACAGAUCAAUCACUGGAGGCUUCAAAAUUCCACCUGCUUCACUUCAAUCUGUCAUGGGCAUCACUAUCGUUAUCUUCAUUCCUAUAUACGACCAGAUACUCGUUCCUGUAACAAGAAAGUUCACUCAAAAUCCUGCUGGCAUUACAAUGCUGCAGAGAAUUGGAACUGGGAUGUGUCUAUCUGUCAUAUGCAUGGUGACUGCAGCUCUGGUCGAGACAAAGAGGCUCCAUACUGCUCGAGAACACGGGCUCAUUGACAACGCGAACGCGAACGCGACAAUCCCAAUGAGUAUAUGGUGGUUGGUACCCCAAUAUGUUAUCUUAGGAAUUUGUGAUGUGUUCACAGUUGUUGGUCUGCAGGAAUUCUUCUAUGAUCAAGUGCCCAGUGAACUGAGGAGUGUAGGAAUGUCCCUGUACCUUAGCAUCUUUGGGGUAGGGAGCUUUCUAAGCAGCUUUCUGAUCUCUGCAAUUGAUAAAGCAAGUGGUGGGGAAGGUAAGGAUAGUUGGUUUUCUAAUAAUCUGAACAGAGGACAUCUUGAUUACUUUUACUGGGUACUGGCUGGUCUUAGUUUUGUAGAAUUUAUUGUGUAUUUGUGUUUUGCAAGAUCUCAUGUUUAUAAGGAAAGGACAGAACAUGAAUGUGUUUCUAUUUGUAACUAGGGAAAUCGUCACUCUUCAUAAAAUAUUUGGGUGCUACAAUUUAUA